AUGGCUCCUAAGAAUAAGAAGAAUAAACCGAAAAAAGGUAAGAAUGAUGGUAAAAAGGAGGAGAAGGAUGAUACCCAAAUUGAUAUUGUCAAGAAGAGUCUGGAAGCAUUCGAUAAGUUGGAAGCAGAUUUGGAUACUGUUAUACAAGGAGUACUCGAUGAACCAUCAUUACGACAUCUGAAGAAUGAGUAUUUCAAAUUAUAUAGAGCACUGCAGAGAAGCAAUGAUUCAGAAAGACGAUUAUAUGAUAAAUAUGAUCGUCUCAAAUCGGAGAUGGAGAAUAAUAUCAACAAAGUGAAGACUGCUGUACGACUAAGUGAUGAGGAUCAGAAGUUGAUAGAAAAACUAAAGGAAGAGACUGAAGAUUUGUGGCGUUCGGUAGAGGCAGCUGAUGAGAAGCAUAAUAUAGCGUCUACUACUAUCAAGUCCUUGAGAGAGGAGUUGAGCACCUUAACGACCGUGUUAGAUGAGGGUAUACAUAAAGCACAGCAUAGAGAGGUGAAGAUCAAUGCGUUGAAGAAUAAUAUUGAUAAACUCAAGGAGCAGACUCAGAAGUUGAACGAUAUAUCCGCUGACCUCACAAUGAAGAAGAACACACUCACACAAGAUGUAGAGGAAUUGAAGAUGAAACAUGAGGCGCUAUCACAAGAUCUUGAGGAUGUACGAUUGGCCUAUGGAACGAAUAAGGAUAUUGAGGAGAAGGAGGGUAGAAGGAAGGACCGGAUGGAGGCUGAGGUGCUGAAGGUAGCUAAGAAGGUGGCCACACAAGAGGAAGAGUUGAAUGAACAACAUAAUACUCUCGAUACUCUAGUUCAUGACUUACAUACAUUAGAGCAAGAAUUGAGGGAGGAUAGAAGACAGCAUGAGAGGAUCAUAGCGACUAACGAGGAGAACACUGAUGAGCUGAAUAUGUUAAAGGGUAUCUACCACAAAGAAGUUGAAGCAAGGAUAGAGGCGGACGAUAAUCAUAAGAAGAUUGAGAAUGAACUUCAUAUCAUCAACAGUGCACUGGGUAAAGCCAAACAUGAUAAAGGAAAGAUUGAUAACGAUAUUGCUAAUCUCAAGCUGGGUAAAAUCAGUGAUGAUGAUAAGAAGAGGAAGUUGGUGAAUGAUAAGGAGAAGAUCUCUGCACGAGUUAUGACGGAAAUUAUGAAUACUAUGAAAUCUAUAAGGAAGUUUGCUGUGAAUGAUGCAUCCACGAUUGAUACUCUGUUGGCUGAUAGGGAUGUAUUCAAUAAGUUACUCAUGAGAAUACAUAGUAAGGGCCAGAAGGAACUGAAUGAGAUGGAGCGCAUCGAGAGGGUGAAUGACGGCUUGGAGUAUGAGAUCAAUAAUGUAAAGAAGAAAAUUGAUGUUGACAAGCGUGAAAUACAAACACUUAUCAAAGAACGAGAGAAAUUCGGUCUGGACAUAUCAACAGCGAACAGUAAAUGUAUGAGAGGAAUAGAGGAGAUCAAAACAAGAGAAAAUAAAGUCAUUGAAGCACGUAAGAUAAUCAAUGAGGAUAAUGCUGAACUGGUUAUACAAAAAGGGUUAUAUGAUGAUGCUAGAGCUGAGAGGAAUGAAUACUGUAAGAAAUUGAAAGAAUCAGAAGAUGAAAUAUCUCAGCUGAGACGACAACUGAAAGUUAUGAAUCAUGAAGUAGAAGAAUUAGAAGGCGAUAUCAAGGCUAAAGAUGACGUCCUAAUGAAGGAACAUUUUCGUUAUAAUAGAAUACUAAGGAACGCUGAUAGCGAUGCCAGUGUUCGCGCUGAGCUGAUGAGAAUAAGAGAAAAACAGAAGGAGUCAGAAGAGGGUGUAAGCGAUAGUCGGAAUAAAGUGACGGAACUGGAAAGUAGUAUAAUCAUUAUUGUUAAACGUAAUGAACAACUUGAAGAUGAAUUGAAGAAGAUUGAAAAAGAGAAAGGCAAGAUUGAGAAGGAAUAUAUGUCGUUGAUGGCAGAAAAGGAUAUAAUGGGGGCCAACCUGGUUCGUCGUAAUGAUGAACUUGCUUUAUUGUAUGAAAAAUUGAGAGUACAAGAGAACACUAUUGAUGAGGGCAGUGUCGAACAUAGUAGAAAAGAAGAUGAAGGUAGAAGCAUAAGUUUGGUGAUGGAAUCGACGAAGAGGAAUAUUGCCAAUCUGAAUAUCCAAGUUGACGAGGAGGCGUCGUUACGAAAUGAAGUGUACCGACUACAACAAGAAUUGAUGAAAGAGAAAAGUAAAGUUCGGGGACUAGUCGAGGAGUUGGAGAAUCCUGAUAACACGCAGCGAUGGCGUGCACUGGAGGGAACUGAUCUCAAUAUAGGCGAACUCGAGGAUAAGAUCAAUACUCUGCAGAAAAGAUUGAUAAGGAAAAGUGAAGAGUUAGUGAACUAUGAUUUAGAAUUACAGAGUAAAGAAGAACAUCGACUGGAGUUGUAUAGAGUACUAAUGGAUGAAACAACCAAGGGGGAAGGGGAGGAAGGUACGGGUGAAGGAAUAGUGACAGGUGUGGAUCUCGCACGGGAAGCCACUGAUCUUCAGAGGGAGCUUGCCAAGAAGACUAGAUGCAUGAAAGCUGUGGCAGCUGAGCUUAAUAUGAGUUACGCUCAUGUUAAUGAACUUCAAGAGGAGAUCAAAUCAUCAUAUGAUCAACUACUUGAAGCCAAGGAAAUGUAUCAUGAACAGCGUCGCCGUGAUGAUCUCACUAAGAAGUCGGCUAAACCAUAA